AUGUCUGCACAAGAAUCAUCUGGAUCGGCUCCUCCUGACUAUUCACCCCCUCGACGUACACCUACAGAUUCCUCCUACUAUGACUUAAAUGGGACACCAUGGGACUCGAAGCAUCCAAAUGGCCAGGACUGGGUGUAUGCGAGAGAAGUUCGAGCACAACAAGCACAGGCUCCCCUUGAGGCCCCUCAGCGAGCAAAGUAUCCAUCGAAAUUUGCGAACUUCGAAAAACUACCGCUCACCACGCCGGGAAAGCCCACUCCCAAUGGUCGAACCCCAGCGGAAUGGCUUCACUACCCAGUGAUCCCCGGAACAACAACUACAUACAAUGAUAUGAGUCGCGCUCGACCUGGAGCUAUGAGGACCUUCUACACCGAAGGAGAUCGUUCCAACUUUGACGUCGGCUAUCACGACCCAAAGACUAAAACCAGUACGGGCAAGGAUGGUUUCUCAUUGGCGAAAUAUGUUCCAGCAUCGCCCAAAUCGAACACCUAG